CCCAUGUUCUUUCAUUCGUAGUACGACGCGGUGGGCGAGUCAUCGUCAUAAUACACAUAAAAAAAUAUGAAAGUUACUCAUUUGUGAUAUAAACCGACAACAUUAAAAUGAAGACGCCGAUCUUAGUGUCAAUAUUUCUAAUAACAUUGUGGUGUGGUGUUGAUGCGAGAUGUCGAUACCGUGGACAAUGCAUCACAAUAGGAGGUCACGCCAAAUCGUGCCCCGUGGACAUCGAAGCACAGCCAAUAGUGGAAGGUUUGUCAAUAGAAGAAUCUGAAGAAAUCGUCGACAUACUCGCCAACAGAUGUCCAGCAUUCGUGUACGACGAUGAAGGAAACAGAAAACCCAACAACGAAAUAUUGACUUGUUGCGAUCAUGUGCAAAUAAGAAAAAUGACGGAGGAUUUGUUAAUGGCCGAAGGUGUUCUAGGACGGUGUCCCUCUUGCUUUAGAAAUUUUGCACGAAACGUGUGUGAAAUGAAUUGCUCUCCAGAACAAUCCAGAUUUGUUGAUGUUUACACAGAGACGGCCGCAGACAGCACUGUUUAUGUUAACGAAAUUGAUUAUCGACUUCAUGAGCGCUUCAUGCUUGGAGCGCAUAGUGCUUGUUCUGGAGUGAUUAUUCCCCAGACUGGUUUGCCAGCUAUCAAUAUGAUGUGCGGUAAUGUAGUAGUAUGUGAUGCGGAGGCUUGGUUUAGAUUCAUGGGAGAUACGACGCAAAACCCGCUGGCUCCAGUGCAAGUUAAUUACUUGAUGUGGCCGACAGAAGAAGAUUCCAUGCAUGUACGUGCAAUUCCCUGUAAUGAAACAACUGGAAGUGACCUACCUUGUAGCUGUGUAGACUGUGCCGAAAUGUGCCCCAUUGGAGACGAACCCGUGAUUCCAGAAAUUUGUACCGUUCUUAAUGUUAAUUGCAUUAGUUUUUCCGUAGGUAUUACUUUCUUUGUGAUAAGUGUUACUAUAUUUAUAUUAUUGACGUUGUCAGAGUACCGAAGAAUGAGGAAUGGGCAAGUUAAAUCUGCAGAACCGACAGAUGUUAGUAAGUUUAUAAAAUUUUUCCAAGUACUUUUUGCUAAAAUAGGAGGCUUUUCUGCCAGUCAUCCUGCUAUCAUAAUCAUGUUAACGACUUGGAUAAUUUUUGGCAUGUUUUUCGGCGCAAUAAACUUAAAUCUCACUUCAAAUCCUAUAGAAUUAUGGUCAGGCCCUGAAUCUCGCAGUCGUCAGGAAUUAAAUUAUUUUAACUCCAGGUUCGGUCCAUUUUAUCGUGCUGCCCAAGUUUUCAUGCAGUUUAAUGGAUUGGAAUCUUUUGAAGUUGACAAUACGACUUACGGCCCGGCUUUCAGAAUAGAGGCCGUAAGAGAACUAGUGGAACUUGAACAGGCGAUUAUAAAUAUUGGUAGAGAAGAUGGGGGAGUUACUUUAGAGGAAGUCUGUUUCGCACCACUACGCCCUCGUGGAGGAGAAAAACGGUUAGAUCAAUGUGUUUCUAUGUCCGUCUCAGUAUAUCUUGGAGAAGAUAUAGAUAAUAUCAAUGAAAAUACUUAUCUCAGCCGUAUUCAGAAUUGUUUAAAUAAUUAUCUAGCAUUAAAUUGUCAAGCCCCUUGGGGUGGCGGCGCGGAGCCACUAAUUUCACUUGGUGGUUUUGAUGGUGAUAAUGUUUUAGACGCUGACACUUUGCUUAUUAAUUUUCCCAUAGCAAAUUUCAUGUUAGAGGAGGACCUAAGACCGGUGUUAGAGUGGGAACAAAAGUUUAUAGAUUUAAUGCAUGACUAUGUAGCUAAUAAAAAACCAGACUUUGUCGACAUCUCUUUUGGUGCCGAAAGAUCAAUCGAAGACGAAAUUAGGCGGGUAUCGGUUGCAGAAGCAGUGCCCAUCUCUAUAAGUUACAUUAUCAUGUUUAUUUACGUUACCGUUGCCCUCGGAAAUAUUAGAAAUUGUAAAACUUGGUUAAUCGAUAGUAAAAUAAUGGUGGCAUUAGGAAGUAUUUUGGUGGUUCUUGUGUCUAUUUACUGUGCUAUAGGUGUGAUGGGGUAUACUAACUUCACAACUACAUUAUUAGCUAUUAAUGUAAUACCUUUCUUUGUUUUAUCAGUGGGUAUUGAUAAUGUUUUUCUUAUGGUAAAUGCGUUGCAUGAUGUACAAAGUAAUUUAAAACAAUACGACGAUUAUAAUGAAAAUUUUAGUUUUGAGAAAAAGAGAAGGUUUAUUUUUGAGAAAAUGAUGGCUACAGUAGGGCCAUCUAUGUUUGUCUCAUCUGUAACACAAAUUACUGCUUUUGCAAUCGGGAGUAUAACAACCUUCCCUGCUGUCCUUACUUUUGCAGUGUUUGCAAGUUUAUCCUUAUCAUUCCUCUUCAUUUUCCAGAUAACUACUGUCGUGUCAAUUUUGUCGCUCGAUUAUAAACGAGCCUCUCAAAAUCGUUUAGACGUUUUUUGUUGCGUGCAGAAAAAAAUUUUAGAUGAUGAGGAUCCUUUGAACUCGGACACACCUUAUCAAAGUGUGACUCAAAGGCUAAUGGAGCCUUAUUCCAAAUUCAUUCUUAACUGGAAAGUGAGAAUUGUCGUUGUUAUUAUAUUUAUGCUCUUAGUUUCUUUGAGUACAAUAUUUAUACCCAGUUUGGAUAUUGGUCUAGAUCAGGAAAUGGCUCUCCCUAAAGAUUCAUAUGUAUACAAAUAUCUAGUAGCUGUUAGUGAAUUAUUACGUCUUGGUCCACCGGUUUAUUUUGUUUUGAAAAGUGGAUUGAAUUUUACUAAUCCCGAUCAUCAGAAUGUAAUUUGUGGUAGUCAACUCUGCUACGAUGAUUCGCUCUUUACUCAAAUAUUCUUAGCUGCUCAACACAGUGAUAAAACAUAUAUAUUAAGGCCUUCGAAUUCAUGGAUAGAUGACUUCGUAGACUGGACUAGUUUAACUGGCAUUUGCUGUCAAUAUAAUACGACAGAUAAUACUCACUGUCCUAGCGCAAUCCUAUCUCCUGACUGUGCUUUCUGUUCUAUAAGUAGGAAUGAAUGGUCCAAUGGCUUAAGGCCUAGUGUAGAAGCUUUUCAGAAGUAUAUACCAUUCUUCUUGCAGGAUGAGCCUUCACUAUCGUGUAAUCGAGGUGGACUAGCGAGUUAUUCCGGUUCUGUCAAUUAUGAGCUCGAUUCUGAAGGACGUGCUACUGUUUAUGACACUAAUUUCAUGUCAUAUCACGUCGCAUUAAGCACGUCGCAAGAUUUUAUUGGCGCUGUUAAAAAUGCAUACGAAAUAAGUGACAGUAUCACAGCCGCUAUUAAGAAACACACAGACAUGGAUGUGGAAGUCUUUCCGUAUUCUGUAUUUUAUGUAUACUUCGCGCAAUACUUGAACAUGUGGGGCGAUACCUUUGCGUCUCUUGGAUAUUGUCUUAUUGGUGCUUUAGCUAUAAACCUCCUCGCGUCAGGGUUUAACAUUUUGACCACAUUCGCUGUAAUGUUCACAGCUAUUAUGAUAGUUAUUAACAUGAUGGGUGUUAUGUAUAUUUGGAACAUUCCACUCAACCCCGUAUCUUGUGUUAAUUUGAUCGUAUCCAUUGGUAUUGCGGUUGAAUUUUGCAGUCACAUUGCGUAUGCAUUUGCGACUAGUAAACGUCCCAGUUCUGAGAGGGUAGAAGAUGCGGUUCGAAAAGUCGGUUCCACUAUCAUAACUGGUAUUACUUUGACAAACAUGCCUAUUGUGGUAUUAGCUUUCUCCUACACAGAAGUCAUUGAAGUCUUCUUCUUCAGAAUGUUCUUUAGUUUGGUUAUCCUUGGAUUUUUACAUGGUAUGAUAUUUUUCCCAGUUUUAUUGUCUUACCUUAAUAAUUUGAAAAAUAAAUAAAUGUAGUUUAGAGAUUACGUUUAUUAUUGUGGAUGAGAUCUUGAUUAAAUGAAUUAGCUAGUUUUAUUAUAAAACAAAAUGCAUCUAUCUAGCAAUUAUUAAUGUCGUUUUCUAGAUGUACAAAAACAAGGUUCAUCUUUCUACAAAAAUACAUGUCACUGUAGGUUUCUAUACGAUGUUGUGUGAUUGUGAAAAUGUUUUUAGAAGGAAGCGAUGAAUUAAAAAAAAAACAAAUUUAUUCUUUGGUUCUUCUAACAUUGGUCGGUUCUAGUAAAGAAAUAUUAUAAAUAAAAAAAUAGGUAGUAGCGGCCUCUUAAAACCUGUUAAUUAAAUUAUUAUAAUCUUUCAAUGUUAAGGAGGGCAUUUUUUGUAGUCACUUAAUUGCAAUGCCGUUUCGCACUGCAGAAAUGAAAUACUCUAAGGCAAUUUCGGUGUUAUGCUGCAAGUUGUAUGUAUGCUCUGUAAUAAUGUGUGGCACAAUAAUAAUCAGCUCUAAAUAUAUAUUUUAAGUACAAUUACUUAAGUUAUUUUAUAUAUUUAAUAGACUUAUAAAUCUUUUGUAACAAUUUGAAACUGAGAUGAAUUUUGGGAAGGUUCUGUACCUUUUAUUUAUUAAUUUAUGAAUAACUAGACCAUAAGUGAAACAGACUAAAAAUAAAACUUGAAAAAUA